AUGGCAAACUCGACAGAUUCUCUGGAAACUCGGAAACAAGAGGUUUUAGCUUCUUUAAGUGAUGAUAACGUGAAAACAGUUGUCCUUUCUGGAGAAGCUGGAGUGCUUAUAACAUGGAUGGCAAAAGAGAUAAGUGAUUCUGCCAGCCUCAUGGGCUCCUGCUAUGGAACUAUUUGGGUGGACCCAGGAUAUAAUUUUGAAGGCAAAUCUCUUGUUGAAUAUAUUGCCAUUCGGCUGUCUGCAUUUCCUUCUAAUGAGGUGGGGGAGGAAGAUGACAAUGCUGAGAUGGAGCAGCAGGAGCAAGUAGUGGAUGUGAAACAGGAAAUAAAGAAAAGGCUUGACUUGAUGAAAUAUGCAAAACUCGAACAAAUGAAAGCUGCAAAGCCUGAAAAGAAGAAGUCUGGAAAGCCUGAAUCAAAAGCAGCAGUAAAGGUUGAUCGGAAAGAUGCUCCUGGGGCUGGAAAAGAUCCAUAUUUUCUUGUAGUUCUGGAUAUGGACGAAAAGACAAUUCUUACUGCUUUAAGAGACCUCCUUCAUCACCCUGAGCACCUUGUUAAGGUUUUAAUCACGAGAAGUGGCAGUAAUAUCGGUACUGGCGACGAGGGAGAUGGUGAUAUUAUUCAGACAGAUGAUAGAAGAUCACAUGAAGUCGAAUUCAUGUCUUAUGUUGACUCAUCGAAUUUACUGCAGAAGAGGGUGACGGAGGAAGUUUAUAGGGCAACAGGGUUUCAAAGACUGUUUGCAGCUAUUGAAAAAAGUAGCUCAGGUCAUGCUAGGGUAAUAAAUAUGAUAGUAGAAGCCGUGAAUCGUGUUAAGGACUCUGAAUUGGACAGUGCAGUUGAAGAAGCAGCAUCUAUAAUCGAAUCUGCUGAUAUCCGUUCAUUGUGGCAGCAUGGGUAUGAAAUGUUGCCAAGCACCCUCAGUAAGUGCUGUUGGCACUGCAGAUACUUAUUUGCCCCUCAUGAUAGUGUCAAUGCCUGUGACAAAAGCAUCCACUACAAUGAGCUGAUAACCCACUGGUUACUGGAAGGGUAUUUUGAUCGCUACGAUCAUAUUGAGAUGGCCUAUGAGGAAGCACAUCGUACUCUGAUGGAGCUCAAAGAUCGUGGAUUUCUAAGAGAAAAUGAGAAUAGUCAUGUUUAUAUGGAAAGUGAUGCUUUGAGAGUCACUGAUCACCGACGUGAUGGACUUAGUGGGUAUGCAUGUGUUGGCAUGGCUAGUGUGCUGAAUGACCAAACUUGGGCUGGUCUUGGGCGGGUUAUACAGACCGAUGGGAUGGUCAAGACAAGUUGUAGGAAAAGGAGUGAGACGUCCACGCUGCUUAUUGAUAGUGGGAAUGGUAAUGAGAUAUCCACACUCCUUAUUGAUGGUGCUCGUUUUUGCAGGGGACUCCCUGAAAGAUUCUUCCAACAACUUAAAGUCCUGGUCAUCUUAAAACCGAUGUUCAAAAAGCUACCCUCACCACUUCCAACAUUGAAGGAGCUUCAAAUACUUGUACUGAGGGGCUGUCAUUUAUUGGAGAGUGUAGAUGAGAUCAAGGAACUUACGAAAUUACUAGUGCUUGAGAUAUCUGGUGCUUGUUUGGUGAAGCAAAUCCAUGAUGAUCUUUUCGAGCCCAUGAAAGAUCUUAGAUCGCUUAACUUAUCUGAAAUUGGCAUUAAGUGGCUUCCUACUUCUGUCUUAAAUCGGAGAGAACUCCGUUGGCUCAUUCUUAGAAAGUGCCCCAAUUUGAAACUACUGUGUGAUACUAAUUUGUUGAGGAAAAAGGAAGCAGCAAAACAGGAAGUGUUUUCAUUGGCAAAGCUGGAAGUGCUUGAUUUCUCUGGUUCAGAUUCUUUCGAAAAUAUCCAGGUCAGGACCCUCAAUUCGCUCCAGAAACUUCAAAUUCUCAAUCUUUCUGAAACCAAGAUUGGGCGCUUGCCCUUUUUUCACAAUUUGGGAGAGCUCACUCGACUCCUCCUAAGUGACUGUUCAUUUCUGGCAAGACUUCCCACCCUAAGACCUUUAACUAAACUUGAGAUUGUCGUUCUUUCAAGGACAAUAUGUUUGAAAGAAGUGCAAGAUGAUUCUCAAGAAACUAAAACUAAAUUUAGAGUCCUUGAUCUCACGGGUAGUGCUGUGAAUAAGCUACCUAGCAACAUCAACAGCUUAUCUCAUCUUCUUUUGAGUGGUUGCAUUGACCUUCGAAAAUUGCCAUCCACGCAGAGCCUCAAAGGCCUUAAGGAGCUGGACCUCUCUGAUGCCUAUAUGUUGGAAGGAUUUGAAGAUGAUUCAUUUGGACAUCUUAUUUCCCUUCGCCGACUCAUCCUCUCAAAUACUAAAAUAAAAGCUCUCCCAUCACUUCCUGAGCAUUCUGAACUUCGUUUCCUCUCGCUAAAGAAUUGUAAAUGUCUUACUGAGUUGCAAAGCUUGAGUAAACUUCAGAAACUGGAAGUUCUUGAUCUCUCAGGAUGCUCUGGGUUAGUGAUAACAAGCAAUGACUCCUUUCGGGGCAUAUCUCACCUGAAGACGAUUGAUCUCUCAGAUACUAAAAUUGAAAGCCUUCUGCCAGAUUGCUUUCCUAUCAGCCUUUGUGAACUGAAAAUAAGAAAGUGCCCCAACUUCAAAGUCCCUUCCUUGGAAUAUUUGUCAAACCUAGAGGUACUCGACCUCCAUGGUGCAGAAUCUGUGAACAAACUUGAAUUUCUUGGCCAUAUGAGCAAACUAAGGAUUCUGGACCUUUCUGAAAUAAAGUUUCAAGUAUUGCCAUCUCUGUCCCGCCUCACUGACCUUAGGGAACUCCAUCUGAGAAAUUGUUCCUGUAAAGUGUCGAAGCUGGAUGACCUAAAGAAGCUCGAGCUGCUGGAUCUAUCUGGGACCAAAGUUGAGCCUGUGCUUUGCCUCGAGAGUUUUAGCAACCUCCAACAACUACUGCUAAAAGAUUGUGCAGAUUUGGAAGAUUUGAAAGAUUUGCAGUCUCUUACCCAGUUGGGGGUUCUAGAUCUUUCAAGGACAAAACUGAAAGAAUAUCCUUAUAAAACCUCAGAUCUGACUAGUCUAAGGAAGCUCAAUCUGGAGGAUAUGAAGCAUAUGAAAGAAAUUGACUGGAAGCAGAUAAAAUAUAUUCCAAAGGAGUUCAACUUGGGAGGUUGUAGGUCCCUAAGUUCUGAGAACUCUGCAUCUUCUGAAUGGCCUUCCAUAUCAAUGUGUGGUACCAGAUUUCUCCAGUUCGUGGAGGAAAAUUCUGAUUUGUGGGAUACAUACUUCCAAAACUUCCACUUUUGUGUUUGGCUUUCCAAAAAUGAAGAUGGAAGGAUAUACGACCUUGGAGACUGGGGCCUACUGACUGAUAUCAAGUCUCAGGGAAGAAUUCCUCAUCAUGAAGAGCUAGGUCGGUAUCUGGAGAUCCAUGGAUCCUAUUGCAAAUCCAGUCUACCUGAAAGUGUUCUUGAGCAUGCCGAUCACAUAUCGUUAAUUGAUGAUAGCUCUUUUAGUCACUUAUCUGAACUUGUUAAAGAGAAUUUGAAAUCAAUAAAGAGCUGCUGGCUUGAAAGGUGCAUAAGUAUCAAGAGUAUAGUUGAUAGACAAGAAGAUGCCAGAGCUUCAGGAAAGCUUGAGUUUCUUUAUCUAUGUAAUCUCUCUUCCUUAAGAUGCAUAUGUGAUGAUAAAGUACAGGUUGAGGUCUUUGGAGGUCUUAAGAGCUUGUAUGUAGAGUGUUGCCCAAUGCUCACAGACAUUUUCCCAUUGUCCAAGCUGCCAAAGAAGCUCGAAACCCUCCGAAUCAAAUUUUGUGAUGAAAUGAGAGAGCUAUUUGACCAUGGUGUGUCUGCAGAAUGUAACUUGCAGACCUUGGAUCUUAUGGAAUUACCAAAGCUUGAGAAAAUUGGGGUUAUGAUGGUCUCUCUGCGAGUGCUGAAAGUGAGACGAUGUCCAAUUCUGAAGAACCUUUGCCCAUUGUCCGAUCUGCCAAAGAAGCUCCGAACCCUCCAUAUAAAAUCUUGUGAUGAAAUGAAAGAGCUAUUUAGCCCUGGCAUGGCCGCAGAAUGUAACUUGCAGACCUUGGAUCUUAUGGAAUUAAAUAAGCUUGAGAAAAUUGGGGUUAUGAUGGUCUCCCUGCGAGUACUGAAAGUGGGACAGUGUCCGUAUCUGGAGAAUUUAGAGGAAGUGCUUGGAGAAGCUGAAAAUCUGGAAACUCUCCAUAUUUCUCAUGCUGCUAGGCUGAAGACCAUAUGUAAUCGGGAAGUGAAGCCGACGAGCUUCAAAAAACUAAAACAGCUCAAAAUAGAGUCUUGUCCCCAGCUCAAAGAAGUUUCUCCCUCAUCUGAAUUACCGCAAAACCUGGAGGUUCUUGAGAUAGACUCUUGUGAAAGCUUGGAAACUAUAUUCGUAGGCAGCUCAGCAGGUUCUUCAUUGUCAAGAGUACGACUGCGCUGCUUGCCUAAACUAAGCAGCAGUGGGUUCAUAGUACUUCCUCGAUAUGAUGUCAGCAGCUGCCCAAAUCUGCAAAUAGAUCGAUCUGGUUGAGUGAGAGUCAUUUCCCCACUCAUGAAUCUGUGAUGAUCCAUUGAAUGCAAGAGAAAUUUCCCCCGAAAUAUCUGGCAGAUUUUUUCCUUCCGUGAUGUAUAAAACGAUCAUGAUCAUUGUGAAUGGAAACAGAAAACAUUGGAGGCUUACUAGCUGCAAUGUCCAACCACCCUUGCUCUAACUCAAUGCGUAUGUUUCCUUGAGGGUUGUGAUGCAGCAUAGAAUCAGAUACUGGGGAUCAGGUGUGACUUAAUUUUCAUAUAGCAUAGUCUGUCAAGUCUACACUGUUCUUUGAUGUUUGGUUUUAGGCUCCUCAUUUUGUACGUACACUUCCAUAUAUGUACUUACUCAAAUCCUGCGUAAAUCGAUACCACUGCAAUAGCAGUGUUGUCA